CCUCUCGCGUCAGUAGUACUACUGUUCUACUCAAUCUCCGAGUCAAUGCCUUUGCCGUGACGAUUCUCUUACUCGUAGUCUGCCGCGCAGCCCUAGCCUACAUAGUUUCGCCAAAACAACCUGUUUUGCCGACCGGCAGACUCUGACGGUGGCCGCCAGGACCCCAAGUGGUUCUGCUCUUACCUUAUCUUAUCUUACUUGACUCAGAUCGUUAUACAUGGCGUCGAAAGCAAGGACAGUGGACAUCAACGAGGAUGUCACAAAGGCCCUCAAAACAUUUCGGUUCCAGCGUAGGAGCCAGGGACACGCAGCAAUCGUUAUCAAGAUUGAUAAGGCUGCUCUCAAGAUGGUCGUAGACGAGGAGCAUGACAAUAUUUCGAUCGAAGACCUUGUCGAGGAGCUGCCCCGAAACUCUCCCAGAUAUGUCGUGUUGUCAUAUGAACUCAAACACCGCGAUGGCAGGAUAUCAUUCCCACUCGUGUUCAUCAACUGGGCUCCAUCAUCAUCCGAGACAACCAUGAUGACAUUGCAUGCUAGCGCCCUCCUUGACUUUCAAAGAGUCGCAGAAGCAAACAGGACCAUCGAAGUUCGGGAUGCGGAAGAAGGACUCACUAAAGAAAUCGUCGACGAAAAACUUCUAUCUUAACCUGUGAGACUUGUAUCCGCGCCCGCAGUACAUCAGAUCGAACAUACCGUGGCCAUUACGCUUUUACUUAUCAUAAUCGAUCACUGUCUACAGUGGUUUCGGAACGUUCAUUGACUGGAUCUUGUUAACUCAACAGUAGAACCCCGCUCUCAUUUCAACGACCACGGGCUCUUGCUGAUACGAA